AUGUCUUAUAUUGUACUGAUUGUAGCGAAAAUGCUUGAACUCUCUCUAUUCAUUAACGGAGAAUUUGUGGAGAGUGCGUCAGGAAACACAUAUACGGUUAUUAAUCCGGCGACAGAGGAGGUUGUGUGCAGAGUGUCGGAGGGUGGCGCCGAGGAUAUCGAUGCGGCCGUGCAGGCAGCUCGUGCAGCCUUCCGACGUGACAGUGUAUGGCGCACCAUGGACGCCUCGGAGCGUGGGCGUCUUCUCUACUGCCUUGCUGACGCUCUCCAACAGCACUCAGAGGAAUUCGCCUCUUUGGAAGCUCUCGAUACCGGUAAACCUCUAGAAUCCGCCCGUGGCGACGUCGAUUUCGCUGUUUCUACAUUGCGCUACUUCGCCGGUUAUUCUGACAAAUUCCAUGGACAGGUGAUACCAUGCAACGGAGACGUGGUGUGCUACACUCGGAGGGAGCCUGUGGGAGUGGUCGGUGCAAUCAUUCCCUGGAAUUAUCCACUAGACAUAAUUGUGCAAAAGGUGGCUCCUGCCCUCGCGAUGGGCUGUUGUCUCGUUGUUAAACCGUCAGAAGAGACGCCUCUCUCUGCCCUCCUUCUCUCCCAUCUCAUCUCUCAAAUCGGAAGGCACCAAUACAUGCUAGAAACCGAUCUAAGCCAGAGACUUAAUGGCGUUAAGUUAGUUACUAGAAAAAGAAAUCAGAUAACGGGUCAUUUACCUUGUAAUCACAAAGACUUCCUUUUUCUUGCUGGCAUUCCACCUGGUGUGGUGAACGUGGUGCCUGGAUAUGGUGAGACGGCAGGCGCCGCAUUGGCUAAUCACCCUGGAGUUAAUGCUGUGACUUUCACGGGGAGCACUGCUGUUGGCCAUUCCAUUAUGAUCGCAGCAGCCACCAAUUUUAAACGCAUCAAUCUUGAACUCGGUGGCAAGUCGGCGCUCAUCAUCUUCGCUGAUGCCUCCGAUUGUAAGUUAUUGUCACUUUCUACCUUAGCCCCUACAUCCAUAUUGCAUCAUGACCAUCUUUCGUUGGACAAGGCUGCGGAAGUGGCGUUUGAGGAAGUAAUGGGAAACGCCGGGCAGUGCUGUGUUGCCGCAACACGUACCUUCGUUGAGGCACCCAUCUAUGAGGAGAUGGUGGAGCGCUUUCGGAAGCUUGCUCAAAAACGUGUCCUUGGAGAUCCCUUCCAACCCGGCGUUCAACAGGGCCCCCAGAUAAGCAAGGUACAGAUGGAGACAGUAUUGAAAUACAUAGCUUCAGGAGUGGAGGAGGGUGCCCGAUUGGUUGCUGGAGGAAGGCGGAUGAAAGGAGAAGCGGGCUUCUUCAUUGAGCCGACUGUGUUCGCAGAUGUGCACGAUGGGAUGAGAAUCGCAAGGGAGGAGAUAUUUGGUCCGGUUCAAGUGGUUUUGCGCUUCACCGACGUGGAUGAGGUGAUACGUCGGGCCAAUGCCUCUCACUACGGUCUCGGUGGAGGGGUCUUCUCGGGAGACGCUGACAAAGCCCUUCGCGUUGCCCAGGCCCUCGAAGCCGGCACCGUCUGGAUCAAUAGCUACAACACUUCGCCACCUAUGCAGCCCUUUGGAGGCUACAAGCACUCGGGCAUUGGCCGUGAAAUGGGCAAAGAAGGAUUGAGAUUCUACACUGAGGUUAAAUCUAUUUCCAUGCCCAUUUCCAAAAAGAACUCUUAA